UGUCAUGAACGCUGGUCAAGCGCCUGUCAACGCGAAAUCCACGCGUUAACCAUUAAAACCACCAUCCAUCUAUCCAUAACCCUUUUUCCAGGCUACACGCCUUGCUGGUACCUUGCCUUUCUUUGCCCAAAAGUUCAACAAUCUCCUCGUCCUCAAGAACACUGGCAGUGGUGGCCUGUGCACAUCUCUCUGUUCCGCCUCUUUUCCUGGACAAACUGCAUAUUCGGCAACUUGUAUACCCGAUCAUAACGUUUUGAUCGGGAUAGAUGUUAUAACUUCAUCGCUGUGGACUUCUCUUCGUAUGUCUCAUAUACAACACGGCACUCGCUGCAAACUCCGGGUCUAGUUCGACUGUAACUCGCUCAUCCAAUCAGCGCUCAGCAGUUUCUCAUCAUCACACCUUCUCCAAACAUUCGAGAUAAUCAGUUUCCUUCACCUUCUAGAGAGCUCACGAAAUCUGAAACGGGUCUUUAUCUACAGGAGUCGACCUUCUAAUCCUCCGGUGGUUUGCAACACUUCUGUCCAAAGGAACACUGUCUAAUCAGGACGUCUUAUAAUGCUUCUCGAGCGCGAGCCAAUCCCCGAACAAUCGGUUCUAAAUCGAUAUCCAAAAGUUUCAGAAGGCCCAAAACUUUUGCAUCAACUAAUUCGACUCUCCUCACCGACAUCUGCGCCUGCUAUUGAUUUCCUGGAAGAUGGAUCACGGAGACGGACACUUACAUAUGAUGAGCUUCAUAGAUCAAGUGAUGCUCUCGCAAGGCGGAUCGAUCUGGCCCUCGCUGGACUGGAAGAUGCCUCUUCUAUAAUACCCAUCAUGCUCCCACAAUCUCCAGAGCUCUACAUCACCUUGUUGGCAGUUCUUAAGGCCGGCAGAGCAUUCUGUCCCAUUGGUCUCGAUACCCCGAAGGAGCGACUGCAGUACAUCAUCAAGGAUGUGCGUGCUGAUCUUCUCAUCACAACUUCCACGCAAAAGGAAACCCUAGACUCCUGCGCUGAUCUGCAAUUCCUCAUGGUUGACCAAGUUUUGUCGAAACUUGACAACCCAACACAUAUAGAAUUGCCUCGCUCGAAGCCAUCGCGUUUGGCUUACGUCCUGUACACUUCGGGAUCUACUGGAGUUCCCAAAGCUGUGAGCGUAUCCCACUUUGCCGUCACACAAAGCUUAUUAGCUCAUGACCGACAUAUACCUCGUUUCUCUCGCUUCCUCCAGUUUGCAGCACCAACUUUUGAUGUGUCCAUUUUUGAGAUCUUUUUCCCGUUAUACCGGGGCUGCACGUUGGUUGGCUGUACUCGCAGCCAGAUGCUCAGCGAUCUCCCCAGCACCAUUAAUUCACUACAAGUUGAUGCCGCCGAAUUAACCCCCACAGUUGUGAGUAAUCUACUGCGGGGCCGUUCGAGUGUGCCGGGAUUGAAGCUUCUCCUUACUAUCGGCGAAAUGCUUACUAGUAAUGUCGUAGAGGAAUACGGUGGAGAUCACAGUAGAGAGAGCAUUCUUUGGGGCAUGUACGGACCCACUGAAGCUGCAAUACAUUGCACUUUACAGCCACGAUUCAAAAGUGAUUGCUCGGUGGGCAAUAUCGGAUUUCCAUUGGACACUGUUUCUGUCUUUGUCGCUUCUCCGGUGUCCCCAAACAGCGAAGCCACAAGCAUAGAAAUCCUACCCAUCGGCGAGACAGGAGAGCUGGUGGUAGGCGGGCCACAGGUUGCAGAUGAGUAUCUGAAUCGACCUGAACUGACCGCAGCGUCAUUUAUCCAACAUCCGGAGUUUGGAUAUCUGUAUAGAACUGGUGACAAGGCCAGAAUACACCACAACGGCACUAUUGAAUGUUUAGGCCGCAUUGUAGCCGGUCAGAUCAAGUUGAGAGGUCAAAGAGUGGAGGUGGGUGAAAUUGAGCAAGUCAUACGCAAAAUCAACGACUGUUUUGGUGUGACCGUCAUGGUCAUAGAGGAGACACUGGUAGCAUUUUGCGCUGUUGCAUCUCGCAAGACCACCACCACUUCUACGAUUGUGGACAUGUGCAAUCGUUGGCUUCCGCCUCAUAUGAUACCAAACGACGUCGUGAUUAUUGAUCGCAUGCCACAGCUGGCGUCCGGGAAAAUCGAUCAGAAUUUCCUAAGAACGAAAUACCUGGAAACCUAUUCCGCGGAAGAAACUCAGAUAUCUGACGCGAAUGGGAGCCUGAAUCACCAUCUCGCUUCUCUUAUCCGAAAAAGUCUUGGACAGUCUCUUCGCAGGAAUAAUAAAGCUGACAUAUGUGGUAUUGAUUCGUUGGGCUCUAUUCGCGUUGCAUCAGCGCUCCGAGAGGAGGGUUAUAGCGUCACCCCAAUCGAUGUCUUGUCUGCCCAAAAUCUAGUAUCGCUCAUUCAAAUGUGCGAGAAGCGAGGAAAAAGCAACCACACGGCAGAGAUGCGUGGUAUAGAGUUAUCCGUUGAAGAUUAUCCCGAUCUCUUUGACACGCGGCACGAUGUAGAGGAUAUAUUGCCUUGUACCCCUCUGCAAGAGGCUAUGCUUGCAGAGACCAGCACCAGACCAAAUGCGUAUUGCAAUUGGAUUGAGGUUGAAGUGGGCCAGGCCAUUGAAUUCUCGCAGGUCGAACAGCAUCUGCGGAAACUUGCACAGCACAAUGAAAUUCUUCGUUCCGGUUUCAUUUCCACCUUAGCUGCGCCCGGCUCAUUCGCACAAAUAGUGUGGAAAACUUUACCGCAAUCCGCCAUCAACGAGGUCGCUAUCUUCUCGCGAAGAUAUUCACUAGGCUCUGCAGAAUCCCUUUUGCACCCGUUCUCCGUUCAAGUGAAAUGCAGCCCCGAGAAGUUGCGCAUUCUCUUCCAGAUACAUCAUACAUUGUAUGACGGAUGGUCUUUCGAUCAUCUAUUGGAUGAUUUGCGAAACCUUAUUUCUGGUCGCACUCCAGAUCCUCGUCCACAAUACCGAGAUGUCGUUGUUUUUCACGCAUCACUGACCAGCGAAACUGUUUCCGAGGAUAAGAAUUAUUGGGCUGAGAAGUUGUACGAUUACUCUCCGAUACGGCUGCCGAACUACAAUGGACAAGCUGUCAACAGCGAAGGCCUGCGCAAUGUACGUGGCGAGACAUCGAUACAUGCGCAAUCACUGUAUAGCCGUGCAGAAAGUCUGUCAGUAAAUCCCCAAGUGUUUUUUCAGGCAGCAGUGGCGUAUAUGUUCAGUCUGUACGCCAGUUCGCAGGAUGUGGUCAUUGGCACUGUCACGUCGGGACGUACCAUUCCUGUGACUCGCGUGGAAGACAUCAUAGGCCCUUGCAUCGCUUCUCUCCCCUUUCGACUGAAUAUGAUUGGGCACGAAACCGUCGGGGACCUUUUGAAAAAGACACAACAAGCAAACCGAGACAUGCUGCACCACUGCACCUUACCUCUUCGUGAGAUCAACAAAGUGUGCAGACUCCGGCCGGGUGAACAUCUUUUUGAUAUAUUGUUUGUUUGGCAACAAUCUCUCGUCUCAAACAAUAAGGAGAAUCACAACCUUAGGGUUGUGGAUAGUGCUGAUGAUCUGGAAUAUAAGAUUACGCUGGAGUUUGAACCACGAGACGAUGCAGUCCUCUAUUCUAUAACUUACGAUCCAUCCAUCAUCCCAGAGCAGCAAGUCAUCUACUUGACCAAACAAAUUGACCAGGUUGUCAAUUAUUAUCUUUCCGACGUUGAUAAUUAUGUGGAAGACACUGCAAAGCAAUUUGGUUCAGAUACCAUCUCACUGGCAAAUCCGAAGCCAAAACAGGCACCAGUCAGGUGCGGUCCAGCGUAUGCGGUUGAGAAAUGGGCCGUUGCGACACCCGAUAAAAACGCUAUUAUUCUCGGGAGCAUUCAAGACGGCACCUUGGGCGUUGAAAGUGAAAUGUCGUAUGCAGCAUUGAAUGCACAAGCGAACCAGCUUGCCCACGCCUUGCUAAAUCAAGACAUUGGAGAGGACCAACUUGUUGGUAUCAUCAUGGAAAAGUCGAUCGCUCUCUAUGUGUCAAUCCUGGCAGUACUCAAGAUCGGUCGCGGCUAUCUACCAAUAACCCCUGAUACACCUUUUGAGCGGACUAGAAACAUUUUAGUUGACGCCGAAGUGGCGAUCACUAUCAGCGACUCUUUGGUCCUUGCCAAUCUGCGGCAAGACGGAUUUGAGGUUCUUGAUUACGACCGCUUAGAUUUGUCGCAUUACCCGAAUUGCAACCCCGAAAUUCCGUAUCAGGGCUCACAUCUCGCGUAUGCCAUAUUCACUUCAGGAAGCACUGGCAAACCCAAGGGUGUUCUAGUUACGCAAGACAAUCUGAUGAGUAAUUUGGAAUAUCUUGCAUCAUUGUACCCCACGUCUGAGGGCUCGCGAAUGCUACAAUCCUGCUCUCAAGCUUUCGACGUCUCAGUAUUCGAGAUCUUCUUCUCGUGGUAUGUUGGAAUUUGCUUGUGCACAGCAAAGAAGGACCAUCUCUUUUACGAUUUUGAAGCUUCAAUAAACACCCUGGAGAUCACACACCUCAGUCUCACACCUACUGUAGCUGGACUAGUGGACCCUCGCCACGUGCCUAAGGUUCAGUUUCUUGUCACGGCAGGCGAAGCACUGACAGAGAACGUCAAAAGGAAAUGGACUGGGAGAGGUCUGUAUCAAGGCUAUGGACCUUCCGAAACGACAAACAUCUGCACAAUCCGCCCAAAUGUAAAGUUCGAGGAUGUUAUUAACAACAUUGGAAAAUCUUUUCCGAACACAUCGACAUUGAUACUCGCUCCAGGGAAAGAUCAUUUCGUCCCCCGUGGAGCGAUCGGGGAACUUUGCUUUGGUGGAACGCAGGUCUUCAGAGGUUAUCUCAAAAGGCCUGAUCUGAAUGCUGAGAAGAUCUUCGACCAUCCAGUCUACGGCCGAAUCUAUCGAUCCGGCGAUAUGGGAAUCUUGUUACCAGAUGAUUCGAUCACAUUUACCGGACGUAUAGAUGACCAAGUAAAACUUCGAGGACAGAGAGUGGAGCUUGGUGAAAUUACGUCAAUCAUGCUCGAUCAUCCUGCAGUAGCAGACUGUGCUACGCUUCUGCUACAACCUGGCCCCAAUAGCCAAUCUCUCGUUUGUUUCUGGGUCCCGCAGAACGCGACUGUUUCCGACUUCCAAGUUCUCCCAUCAUCAGAAUUUCGCGCCGUCAUUAUGGAAUUAUUUGAGACAUUAUCGUUACAGCUGCCUUCUUACAUGGUUGCUUCGCAUCUCAUCCCCAUUACGAAGAUUCCGAUGACCACACAAGCUAAAGUGGAUAAGAGAGCCCUACGCUCAGCUUAUGACAACCUAUCCCCUAGCUACUUGGAAUCAACGGCCUCAUCCCAGGACACGGAAGAUGACUCUAGUCAGAUCUCUUCAUCAGAACGCACGAUGAUGGAUAUCGUGUCACAAACUCUGAAUAUAGAGAAUGGUCGAAUGGGUCGAUCGACUUCUUUCUUUAGUUUAGGCGUUGAUUCAAUAUCUGCUAUUAGCCUGGCUAAAAGUCUUAGAGAUGGCGGCUUUGGACAGGUUCAUGUUUCCACCGUUCUCAAAAAUCCCUCGGUCAAGCGAUUAUCGGCGUUUCUUUCAGACGAACACAUGCGAGCACCAUCAAUCACGAAAAAGCCCUUCGAAAUUGCCGAUAUCUUCAGUGCGGAUUGGCUGCUUCAAAUCGAGGCCAACUUCGAAAAUCGAGGCGAACAUGUCGAGAAAAUAUUGCCAUGUACCCCCCUUCAAGAAGCGAUGCUCUCCAGCGCGUCACCGUCUGGUUCCACCUAUUGUAACACGAUGAUAUUCAAAGUCAAUGGCGACUUGGAGCUUAUGAAGAAAAGUUGGGCCCUUAUGUUCGAGCGGCACCAGAUUCUUCGCACUGCAUUUGUGGCAACUGAUGAUGCACAACACGCUUUUGCUCAGGUCGUUCUUGCGAAGAAUCAAAUACAGUUGGGCACGAUUGCUGCAAAUGUGGAUCCAAUAACCCACUUUCAGAAAUCUAUCCUGGAACAACUCGGAAAUAAUCUACCACCGGUCAAACUUGGUAUUCAACAAUCUGAAUCAGAGAGUCGUGUGAUCUUCAGCUGCCACCAUUCAAUGUACGACGGAACGGCAAUAUCGGCGUUGCUCGAAGAAAUCCAAAGUAUGCACAUGGGUGCUGAGUUACCUCCGCCCGUACCGUACGAAGGUUAUCUUGGGCAUUUACUCAACCAAGACCUACCGAAAGCAGACAACUUCUGGGCCGAUACGUUUCAAGGAUUCGAACCUACAGGCUUUCCAAACAUCUCUAGCAAAGUACCAAGAUCAGGCACGUCCUUCGAAUCAAGUGAGAGAGUGUUACAAACUACUCUCGGGGAUGCGCUGCGCUUCUGCCAAAGCUCAUCUAUAUCACUUCUCUCGCUACUGCAAACUACGUGGACAAAGACCCUCCAUUUUUACCUCGGUGAAAGCGAUCUAUGCUUCGGAAAUGUGGUUAGUGGCCGUACCUUGCCCGAGGAGGAUCUGCACCGACUUGUAGCACCGUGUUUCAACACUAUCCCAGUUCGUGUCAACUUCGAUUUUCAAAACCCCAACACGGACUUGUGCAAACUGCUGCAUGAUUUCAAUAUCGAUGUAUCUCCGUUUGAGCUCACACCCUUGCGUCGUAUACAAUCCAAGAUACUCAAGGAUGAAGGCCGACUGUUUGACACUUUAUUUAUACUCCAACAACCAAGCCAGCCUCUUGAUGAAUCUAUUUGGAGUCUGGAACAGGAUGUGGGCGAGAUGGAUCUUCCUCUGGUCUGUGAGUUGAUCCAAGAUAAGAGCCAGAAUAUCUUGAGAAUGAUGCUGCACUACAGCACUUCGUUGAUGCAGGAUAUCGAUGCGAACAUUGUAGCCGAAACUUUCGAUGCUGCAUUGUCGGCAUUGAUGAAAUUCCCGAAUGCAGCGGCAAAUGACACAAUAGGAUUCUCACCCAAGCUGUUGAGUCAUUCUAAUCUUGAAGUUCAGAGUACUCCUGCUCCUGAACAGUUAUUGCAUCACGAAUUCGAACGCAAUGCAGCUCAACAGCCUAAUACUGUCGCUCUUGACUUUCUGGACGAAAAUACCAGGCGGACAACUUUAUCAUUCUCGGAACUUAACCACUGGGCAAAUCAGAUUGCGCAUGCGCUUCUUUACCAAGGGAUUGAGGUGGAAGACAUUGUUCCCGUGCAUGUAUCGAAAAGUGUAGAGUACUACGCCAGUAUACUUGGAGUCUUGAAAGCUGGCGCAGCUUUCUCGCCUAUUCAUCCAGAUCUACCAACCGAAAGAAAGCGCUAUAUGCUUUCCGAGCUUCGCCCCAAAAUCGUUCUAUACCAUGACUGUACCAUGGACUGGGGCGACAAUGCCAAAGGGCUUGAUGUGACUAAAGUCGAACAUUUUGCGAGAGAAAAUCCAAUUUUGAAGACCCUUCGCCCGACAAACAUUGCGUACUGUCUGUAUACAUCAGGCUCGACUGGUGUGCCAAAAGCUGUAAGCAUGGAGCAUCGCGCUCCUAUUCGAACCAUCCAAAGCUCUCGAGAUCUCAUACCUUGGAGCCAAAGCUCGAAAUUGUUGCAAUAUGCAGCAAUCACAUUCGAUAUGUGUUAUUACGACUGCUUUCUCGCAUGGACAUAUGGUUUCACGCUUUGCGCUGCCAAUCAAGAAACAAUGUUGAACGAUCUGGCAGCUACAAUCAACACAUUGGAUGUUGAUUUACUCGACUUGACGCCGUCGGUCGCCGCCUCACUUCGUCGCACUCAUAUACCCGGUGUCAACUGGCUGUAUUGCAUCGGUGAAGCAAUGACACCCGAUAUUCUCACGGAGUGGGAAGGCGCAUGUGUCAAUUCUUAUGGUCCGACCGAAGCAGCCUUUUGCACUACAAUGUUCCCUGUUGGUAAAGACACCAAAGCUUCCGUCAUUGGAAAACCAUACCCCAGCACUACUUUUGCGGUUUUUCCAAUCGGUGGUGAGCGUCCUCUUCCCACGUUUGGUGUGGGCGAACUCUAUAUUGGAGGUUCACAAUUAGCCAGAGGCUAUCUUAAGAACGCCAGACUGACAGAAGAGAAGUUUGUUCAGAAAUGUGGCCAAAGAUUCUACCGAAGUGGAGACAUUGUGCGCAAGCUGAGUGAUGGCAAUUUCGAGUUCCUUGGGCGGGCAGACGAUCAAGUCAAGAUUAGAGGCCUGAGGGUUGAGUUAGGAGAGAUCAAUUACGUACUUCAAAGUUCUGAUCAGCGCAUCAACAGCGUAACUACGCAGAUCAUGAAGAAAACCGAAGAUUCGAAGAGCCAACUAGUGGCAUUUAUCACAACCACCAAUCCUCUGGAGGGCGAAAGUCAAUCGGAACUCAGACAGGCUAUUAAAAGAGCAGCUUCGGCCCAUCUCCCAUCCUACAUGGUUCCGCAAUUCUUCAUAUUUAUCGACAGAAUUCCCAAGUCUAUGGCCGGUAAAAUCGACAGAAAGAUGCUCAGUCGGAUCUUCAACGACUCAGAAGAGAUCAACUCCAGUAAUCAGGGCGAGAAUUCUCGUGGAUCUACACAAAACUGGACCGAUUCCCAGAAUCUAAUCCGCGAGAUAUUUUCUAAACUCUCCAAAACUUCCCUUGAUGAGAUUUUACCUUCGACUACAAUCUACCAGCUUGGUCUUGACAGCAUAAGCGCCGUGCAGAUUGCCGCUGCGCUUCGUAAACGUGGAUAUUGCGCCAAUGCUGCAGACGUCAUGAAACAUAACAACUGUUGUGAUCUUGCUCAAUUCUUGCAGAAAAGCUCCAAUCUGUUUCUGAAAGAUACGCAAUCCUUCGACUUUACAGCAUUCGAUGCAAGACAUAGAGAAGAAAUCAUCGCAUCACUAGAGAUCAAAGCAGAUAGUGUUGAGGCUGUACACCCUUGCACGCCUCUCCAAUCCGGAAUAUUAUCGCAUUUCAUUGCGAAGGACGGAGGCGUUUAUUUCAAUUAUAUGCGAUUGAAACUCAGCCCCAAUGUCGACUUGCAGCGCCUGAAAACUGCGUGGUCCACUGCUAUGCAACAACAUCGAAUGUUGCGCACCGGUUUCUCUCAUACGAAAAACAGCAAAAUCUCGUUCGCUAUGAUUCAAUACCGUGAGGACUGUCAAGAGAUACCGUGGGAAGAUAUUCAAAGCCAUCUCAGUGUAGAACAGUGGCUCACCAAAGCACAAAACGCGGCCGUUGCAAGUCUGCACCGUCCUCCCUGGCUCAUACGGCCUAUUGAAUCAGAUGGAAAAACCUACCUCGAUCUGGCGCUUCUCCAUGCCAUCUUUGACGCUCAAAGCCUGCAGCUCAUACUCGACGACGUUGCAGCUUCGUACAAUAGCACUUUAUCUGGGAGACCCUCGCCUUUGGAGCCUUUACUCAGUCAUAUAUUGCAAGCAGGAGUUUCAGAUGCUAAUUCCAGCAUUGAAUUCUGGCGGAAACAGGGUAAAGUUGCUGCGCCGACUCGUUUCCCCAACCUUACCCCACUACGAUAUGAAACUCAGCCCGCAGAAAUUACUCACAAGAAUUCAUCACAACCCCUAAUUGAGUUGGAAAAAGGGUGUAGAGAGAUCAACACCAGUAUGCAAGUCGCGGCCAUGACAAGUUGGGCGACUCUCCUUUCAGCCUAUACUGGCGAGAAGUCUGUCGCUUUUGGCGUAGUUCUUUCCGGACGCAACAUCGAUGGUGCUGAAGACAUAGCCUUCCCAUCUAUUACCACAGUGCCAUUCGUAUGCAACAUUACUGGUAGCCGAGAUGAAGAUUUGGCGAGAGCGAUGCAACUUAAUACAGAUCUGCAACAACAUCAGUUCACACCUCUCAACGAAAUAUUCCGUUCGAUGGGUAUCUCUAACGAACAACUUUUCGACUCCAUAUUUGCGUUCCAGAAGCUGGCAAGUACCGGAGAAAAUCACGAUUUGUGGACUAUCUUAGAUGAAAAAGCGUCUACGGAGUACCCACUAUCCAUCGAAUUGGAACCGAAAAACGGGUAUCUCGAAUAUCGGCUCACAUAUCUGCCCCAUAUGAUACCUAAAGAACAGGCUAUAUUGAUCCUCGACCAGCUUGAUGGUUUACUCGAGCAAUUUAUCUCUGGCGAUGCUGGCGACAGCCAUCUACUUGAUACGACGCUCUACUCGAUUACUCCUGCAAAAGAGAAAACCUUGCCGAGCGAAGUGCAUCUGCUACAUGAGUUUGUGGAGAUUACAGCCUCCCAACACCCAGGUCGUGUCGCCCUUGAGUUUGCUACAUCACUACGCGCAGGGACAUAUGCUAGUCAAAAGUGGACAUAUGCCGAGCUUGAUACUGAAGGGAAUCAGAUGGCUCAUCUUCUCGCUUCUCAUGGCGUCAAAACUGGCGAUUUGGUAGCUGUUUGCUUCGAAAAAUGCCCUGAGGCGUCCUUCGCCAUGCUAGGAAUCCUCAAAGCUGGCGCUGCUUUCGUAGCUUUGGAUCCUGGUGCGCCUAGUGCACGGAAAUCUUUCAUCAUGCAGGAUUCAGGGUGUAAAUUACUACUCUCGAUGAGUACGCAGACAGAGGAGAUAAAGGACAGUGUCAACAUCACGAUCGUCGAUCUCGAUAAGACAGAUUAUCAAUCUCUGCCAUCUACAAAGCCUUCUCUAGAAAGGAACAUUGAGGUUCAUGAUCGAAGCUACUGUCUCUAUACAUCUGGGACAACGGGUACACCAAAAGGCUGCGAACUCACCCACGAAAACGCCGUGCAGGCUUUACUAUCAUUCCAACGACUUUUUUCUGGCCAUUGGAACCAAGAUUCCCGUUGGCUCCAAUUUGCAUCAUUCCAUUUCGAUGUUUCAGUUCUCGAACAAUACUGGAGUUGGUCUGUCGGUAUCUGCGUAGUCUCUGCACCACGAGAUCUCAUCUUCGAAGACCUUGCCACAUCAAUAAAAACUCUGGACAUCACACACAUUGACCUCACGCCGAGUUUGGCCAGAAUUUUACACCCAGAUGAUGUCCCGAGUCUAUGCAAAGGUGUCUUCAUUACUGGUGGCGAGAGUCUGAAGCAGGAAAUAUUAGAUGUCUGGGGACCGAAAAGCGUUAUCUACAACGGCUACGGACCGACCGAGGCUACCAUCGGUGUUACAAUGUAUCCUCGUGUUCCAGUCAACGGCAAGCCAUCAAACAUUGGGCCUCAGUUUGACAAUGUAGGGUCUUACGUACUGCGGCCUGAGUCAGACGUUCCUGUUAUGCGAGGUGGACCAGGCGAGCUUUGCGUGUCUGGAAAGCUGGUAGGCAAAGGUUACCUGAAUCGGGCAGACCUCACCCAAAAGGCCUUCCCCACCCUGGAAAGAUUUAACGAAAGAGUCUAUCGCACGGGCGAUCUUGUCAGAAUAUUGCACGAUGGGUCCUUCCAAUUCCUUGGUCGAGCGGACGAUCAAGUGAAACUGCGUGGGCAGCGUCUAGAGAUCGGAGAAAUCAACGCAGUCAUCAAACAAUCAGACAGCGCCGUAGCAGAUGUUGCGACUCUCGUUCUCAAACAUCCAAAACAGCAGAAAGAGCAGCUUGUCGCUUUCAUUGCCGUUACUUCGCAUGUCAAGAGUGAGCCAAGGAUUGAAUUGCGGAGUAAUAAUAAGGGGUUGAGCGCGGCGAAGCAGAUGUGCCAAGACAAGCUUCCACCUUACAUGGUCCCUACGCACUUUGUGGCAUUGAGCGCGAUGCCAUUGAAUGUCAAUAACAAAGCCGACACAAAAAAAUUGAAGGAGAUGUAUCAAGGCUUGUCACCCAACGACUUGCAAAUUCUGUCUGCAGCAUCAACCGAAGAUGACGGCACUUGGACUGAAGCGGAAGUAAAAAUGCGAAAUGUGUUUCAAGACACGAUGGAAAUUGAUGAAAAAGACAUUACGAAAGAUGCAAGCUUGUUUGAGCUUGGGAUGGAUUCGAUCUCAGUCAUAAGAGUCGUGAGAGCACUCAAAGAUGCUGGCUUUAGUAAAGCCACAGCUUCGACCGUUAUGAGAAAUUCGACAAUACGCAGACUGGAAAAGGUGCUGUCCGAGAAAUCUUCCCUUCUAGACGAUCAAAGAUCAAUUUUCGCCGCACAACAAGCAAUCGCGGCAGUUCAACAUCGACAUCGGCGUCACAUGUCCACCAUUGCAGCUGCUGACGUGGACGAUAUCGAAUCAAUCGCUCCUUGCACACCUCUGCAACAAGGAAUGAUUGCCAGGUCUUGGGAGAGUAUGGAUGGACUAUACUUCAACACUUUUCGCUUCAGCAUGACACAACACACUGUUCUUAGUCAACUGCGACAAGCGUGGCAGGAUGUUUUCGCCUCAACUCAGAUCUUGCGUACGGUGUUCAUAUAUACUGAUGACGGCUUCAUACAGUGUGCUUUAAAGGGGGUCCAUUUGCGCUUCGAUGAAAUCGUACUGGAAGAUGAGAAUGAUUUAGAAGAUACUCUGGCCCAACACAGACGCGAUUGGGUACUGCGAAAUCAGCCCCAUAUCCUUAGCCCUUUCGAACUCGUCUUUAUCAAGACGCCUACGCGAAUGAUGUUGGUCAUUCAGAUAUUUCACGCGCUUUACGACGGUGUCAGCAUUGAACUCUUAUUCAAAGGGGUUUGGGAUGCUUACAACAAAAACCCCGUGCAAAGCGGACCUCCGUUCCAAGCCUCGCUAGCCUACGGUCCACUAAGGCCUAUCAAAAGCGCGGAGAAGUUCUGGAAAAAGUAUCUGGUGGACGCAAAGUCGAAACCCCUUCCACUCCUCACCACUAGUUCGGAAAAUAUACCAAUCUCUCUUAGCAAGACCAUCAAAGACCUCGAUCAAUUCGAAGCAACAAGACGCAAGCUGAAUGUUACCGCACAGACUAUUGCGCAAGCUUGCUGGAGUGUUGUACUCUGUCAAUAUGUCAAGAGCUCAAUCACACUCGGGACUGUAGUGUCGGGUCGUAGUAUUGAACUCGAGGGAGCGGAUCUUGUCAAUGGUCCCUUGUUCAACACCAUACCCUUUCUGUUCAGCCCACAAGAGGACAAUACUUGGGCUUCUAUCAUCCAGAAAGUACACGAUUUCAAUGUUGCUGCGCAUCCCUAUCAACAUACGCCGCUCAGAGACAUCAUGAAAUGGUGUAAGAGGGGUCCGACACAGCCGCUAUUUGACACGCUAUUUGUGUAUCAAGCUGCGCACACCGAAAAUGAGUGGAAGAAAAACAAUUUUUGGGAACUUCUCGAUGGGGAUGCUGUGGCAGACUAUCCAAUUGCGAUGGAAGUGGAAAAGGACGGCGUCUUCUUGACAAUGACGCUGGUCGCCCAGGGACGUGUUUGUAGCAACGAGAUAGCUCAGCAACUGCUGCGGCGAUUCGAGGAAGCUCUCCAACAGGCGACUAAAGAUUCCAGCGCCAUAUUGAGCUUCGGUUUUGACUUCGAUGAAAUACCGAAUCACACUUCUUCACAAGAAGUUGUGUCUCCGUCAAGUGAUUUCAAAAGCGCGAAUGAGUUUGAAUGGACGGAUAGGGCUAUGGUGCUGAGAAAAGAAAUUGCAAAUCUGGCUGACACAGACCCGACGAGUAUCGAUGAGAAGACUUCCGUGUUGGAAUUGGGGCUAGACAGCAUCGAUGCCAUCAAGCUUUCAUCUCGGCUCAAGAGACAUGGUAUGCAUCUGCCAGUCAGCAGCGUUAUGCGCAGCCUCAACAUUGUCAACAUGCUGCAGCAUACAAACAUCGCCGAUGAAAAGAUCAAGAAGCAGCCUUCAGAUACCAUUUUCUGGUCUCAGAAGAAAAAGCUAGAGAACUUCGUGAGACAGGAAGGCUAUACUCAAGGUAUAGAGAAGGUACUGCCUCUGACACCGAUUCAAGAGGCAAUGGUUGCGGAGAUGAUCGCUUCUGAAUACAGGCGAUAUUACAACCACGACGUUCUAGAGCUUGCUCCUGAUACAGAUAUUGAAAAACUGCAGCAAGCAUGGAUGGAUGUUGCCAAAGCAUCUCCGAUCUUGCGCACGUCUUUCUUGCCUGUCAACAAUCCCGGUAUCGAGUCAUCAUUUGCACAGAUUGUGCACAAGAACCCCCACGAAUUUACAGCAAUCACUGCUACGUUUGGCGACCCGGACUUUGCUGCAUUGUUCGAAGAAUGUCGUCAGAUGGCUUUGCAAAAGAAUGAUCUUACUCCGUUGUUUCACCUGCAGAUUGUCCAAGCUUCAAAGAAGACUUACCUUGUACUGUCCAUUGCGCAUGCUCUUUAUGACGGAUGGUCUUUGGGACUGCUUCACCACGACAUACACCGAGCUUAUAAUUGUACAUUUGAGCCCCGGCCUAAUUACGAAAACGCCCUCUCUCAGAUUCUGGAAAGCUCCGGGCCCGACGCUGUGACAUUUUGGCGCGACUACUUGAGCAACGCUUCGUCGCCAAAGUUUCCACGCAAUGAAGUAUAUGAACCAGCGGCGCCGCAGAUGAUUCAUCGUAUCCAGCGUUCGAGCAGUGUGCCGCUUCAAGAGACCAUCAACUUUACCAAGAACAACAAUGUUUCGUUACAGACAUUGGGACAGACCGUUCAUGCGCUAACGGUGGCGUCUUAUACCCAAUCCAUGGAUGUAGCCUAUGGCGCAGUGUUGUCUGGUCGUGACGACGAUGAGCGUGCGGAAUUGUUAUUCCCAGUUAUGAACACUGUGAUUGUCCGCUGUAUUCUCCACGGAACGCGUAAGGAGAUGCUGGGCUAUAUGCAGCAGAACUUCUCUAAUAUACGGGAAUACCAACACUUCCCGCUUCGCAAGGCGGUUCAAUUAGCGGGAUUGCAAGGGAGGCCUUUGGAAAGCUUGUUCAUCUACCAGAAGAGCAUAGAGAAAGGCGGAGAUGGGAUGGCAUUGUAUGAGAGCCUAGAGGGGAAAAGCGACGUUGAGUUCGCGGUUUGUGUGGAGAUGGAAGUUGUUGAUGAAGAGCUUAUCUGGCGAUGCGCAGUAAGUGGAGACGUACUCGACGAAGCAGGGGCUCAAGAACUGCUGCAUAGACUGGAUGAAGUGAUGCGGAACAUUAUUGACCAACCGCAUUCCAAUAUUGUUAACUUCAGCAAAGACGGGACCUCUAUUUGCGGCUUACCUCCUUAUCGGGACAGUAGCGAGUCACUGCCGGAAACACGCAGUAUUGAUGCUGAAGAACAGAACUGCGAUGGUCUUCAUUCCGCAAUGGCCGAAGCCAUCAGUGGAGUUCUCGCGGCGGUAUCCCAAACACCCGAGGAAGAUAUCACGGCAGAGACGAGUAUCUUCCAUAUUGGCCUCGAUUCGAUAAGUGCCAUCAAGGUCUCCUCGCUUCUUCGCAAACAAGGAAUUAUCCUGAGUGUGAGCGAGAUGCUCAAAGCUGGCACAGUCAAGAAAAUGGCAAAGAUUAUUGAUGCGCGCUCCCCACGUACCGAUCAAACAGGGAAUAACACAGACAAGAUUCUCGAUGAAGCGAUAGCUACUGUGAGCCAAACAGCACUCUUGGAGCAAGCCGGUCACUCGCCACAGGAUAUUGAGAAGUGGCUCCCGGCCACAGCUGGACAGAUUUACAUGCUCACAAUGUGGCUCAAUUCAAACGGUACUAUGUUCUACCCGGAGUUCACAUACAAAGUGCGUGGUUCAAUAGCCUUUGUUACCUUGAAAGAAGCAUGGCAGUCGUUGGUCGACAAUCAUUCGAUCCUCAGAACCCGUUUCCAUGCCACGGAAGAGAAGGGGGUGCCUUUCAUGCAGAUGGUACUGCGAAAGAGUGAAACUCAUAUACACGAUGUAACGGGCUGGAGCAAUGAGCAAAUCGCCAAAUUGACAGAGGAGCGAAAGUCACAGCAGCCGCUUGCUUUCAUGCUGGUAUCGCAGUCAGAGCAUGGUUGGGAUUUGAGGUUGAAGAUACACCACGCUCUGUACGACGGCGUCAGCCUACCCAUACUAACGCAGCAGUUACAAGACCUCCUAAACAGCACUGAAGCGACUUCCAAAUCAACGAAUGUUUUCACCGAAUUCAUCGCAGCCAAUUCCAUGCCAUCAAUCUUGCAGAGCCGCAAGGCCUUCUGGACAAACUAUUUGCGAGGGAUCACACAACAACAUCUCCCCCAGCCAAUCUCUCCAUCUCCCCCAAGAUGCGAGGUCUUCAAGCCCAGCCUAUCUUCAACAAUGGGAUCUCUCGGAUCGCUAGCUCGAACCAACAAUCUAACAACACAAUCUCUUUUCCUUGCCACAUUCGCAAAAAUUUACGCAGCCAUAACCCACACCCCCUCCGAUCACGACAUCGUCAUCGGAAUCUACCUCGCCAACCGUUCUUAUCCCAACAUUCAGGAUCUCACAGACGCUCCAAUCCCAGUAGUCAAUUUAGUUCCUCUCCGCGUGCACCGCCCGCUGGCGGUAGACACCCUCGUUGCAGCUGCACAGAUCCAAAACGAUAUACACGAGAUUAGCAGCGCAGAGAAUGUCGGAGUCGGGCUAUGGGAAAUCAACGAGUGGUCAAGCGUCAAAAUCGAUUGCUGGGUCAAUUUCCUUACGCUCCCCACCUCGGAGCGUGAAGGCUCAGACAAACCAAAUGAAGGAAUCAGAAUCGAGCAGUGCGGAACAUGGAACCAGGGAGUUAGUAGGGUGUCUGGAACGAAGUCCUCGGGGUCAUUUGUUGCCCCGAAGGAAGUAGUACACGAGGACGUUCAGAAAGCAUAUCUGCAUUCGCUUGAUGUUGAGGUUACGCUCCGAGGAGAUGGUUUAGAUUUGGGUCUAUUCGUUGCCGAAGAGAUGAUGAGGCUGAGGGAUGUGGAGAAGUUGGCUAGUGAUAUCAAGGAGGCGUUGGAAGGUUUGGUGGAUGGGUCUCGGUUGUAG